GUUGUGCACCCUGAUGGCCUCCAAGGUCAUACCAAGUUUAGGGGUUAUUCUACUCUGCCAAACAAGAACUCUACUGCAGAACUCUUCAGGGCCCCAGGUGGAUGGAAAUGUGAGUUAGACAGGCACAAAGUGUACCCGUCUACACGCAUCACAAGGCUCCACUCGCAAGCUCUACGAAAAGAAAAUCUUCGAGUACGAGACCCAGAGACGGAGGCUCUCGCCCCCCAACUCGUCAUCCUCUUCAUUCUCUUACAGGUUCUCAGACUUGGAUUCAGCCUCCGUGGACUCAGACAUGUAUGAUCUGCCCAAAAAAGAGGAUGCCUUACUUUACCAGAGCAAGGAAUAUAAUGACGACUACUAUGAGGAGAGUUAUUUGACCACCAGGACAUAUGGGGAGCCCGAGUCUGUGGGUAUGUCCAAGAGCUUUCGCCAGCCAGGGACCUCACUUGCAGAUACCCACACCUUCCAUCACCAGGUUCGUGAUGAUAUUUUCUCUUCUUCAGAAGAGGAGGGCAAGGAUAGGGAACGCCCCAUCUAUGGCCGAGACAGUGUCUACCAGAGCAUUGCACACUACCGUCCCAUUUCCAACGUCUCCAGGAGCUCACUGGGCUUGUCCUAUUAUCCUACAUCCUCCACCUCUUCUGUGUCCUCUUCUUCAUCUUCUCCCUCUUCAUGGCUUACCCGACGUGCCAUCAGGCCAGAAAAGCAGGCUCCUAUUGCUGCUCUGGGCCAGGAUCGUCAGGUCCCACUCUGGGGCCAGCUAUUGCUCUUCCUGGUCUUUGCUGCCUUUCUGCUCUUUGUUUACUACUCCAUACAAGCUGAAGAAGGCAACCCUUUCUGGAUGGAUCCCUGAGAGUAUUGGUUUCUGAGCAGCUCUUAACAAGAGUUUUGGCUGAUUGCCUUAUCAGUGUUUGCUGGGGGUAGGGUGGGUGAGGGCUUUUUAUGUGUUCUUUAAGGGGUUCAGGGCCUAGCCUAGGGCAGUGCUUAUCUCCCACCUCCUCCUGCCAAGAAGGCAGCAAAUGCUGGCCUUCCACAACCCAUUGGGCCCAUAUGUACCUUCCUCUGGAGCCUCCUAGUCCUAUUGCUUCUGACCCUUAGGGCUCCAGGAGAUAAGACCCCACUUCUUUAGAGGAAAACUUGGUGGAGGUGAUGGUAGUUGUCAUGCAUGCCUGUUUGUUGUCACCCCUUUUUAGGGUGUAUUAACCAAAGGCCACCCUGGCUUUGUUUUUGUGGACACAAUAAAAAACACAUUUAUUUUUA